AUGACUCGUGGCCUCUUCGUGUUCACGGGCAGUGACUAUUCGAAGUGCUAUAAUACCUUGCCGAUGCAAGGAGCUGAAAUCUCGUCCACUCCUGUGCCGAAUGUUAGGGCAUCAUGUAAAUGUUCAUGUAACAAAAAACCAGGGAAAAACCUGGUUGUCUGCAUUGAUGGAACAUCGAACACCAGAGACGAUGAUAUCCGUACCCAGACCAGUCAUGUCUUCGAACUAUACGACAAUAUCGUCAAGGAUGAUCAAAAACAGAUAGCAUACUACGCCAGUGGUGUGGGAACGUAUGUCAGGCCUGAAGGUUUUGUGCUUGUGGGGCGGAUUUUGAAGAAAUUGGACCUGGCCAUUGCUCAGUGGGUGCACUAUAUUCGACGCUUCACGGCUCGCGAUAGGUACCAUGAUGGUGAUAAGAUCUUUCUGUUUGCUACACUAAAGAUGAGGUCAGGAUUUUCAAGGGGUGCAUAUCAAGUCCGUGCUUUGGCGGGAAUGAUCCACGAGGUGGGGCUUAUCACACCUGGAAACGAAGGGCAAAUACCAAGUGCCUUUCAGUAUUACUGCUCUAUCAAUAGCGGGAAGUUCAAGGAUAUUAAUAAUGCGAAGGAGUUCAAAACGCGAUUCUCCAGAAACGUAGCCAUACAUUUCAUCGGUGUAUGGGACACCGUUUCAUCUGUUGGUGUCAGGAAGACGCAGAAUUUUCCAUCCACUGAUACAUGCGAUCACGUUUGCUACUUCCGCCAGGCACUUGCGCUAGAUGAGCGCCGAGUGAGAUUUCUACCUGAGUAUGUCUACGGGGGUAUGCGUUCAGACUGGCAUAAAUACCAAGUGCCGGCGCCACCUCCCACAGACGAAGGUCGUAUCAAGGAGGUUUGGUUUGCGGGUAGCCAUUCGGAUGUCGGUGGUGCACGUUGGAAGAAGAAUAGUUACCCCAAUGACUUCCGGAACAUCCCUCUACUGUGGAUGCUUGAAGAAGCUCGCGAAGCGGGGCUUCUGCUCAAUCCCCGCGAGGUAGCUUGCAAAUAUGAAAAUGAAUCGUUUUUGAAACCUGAAGUUACCGAUCCUUCAAAUCUUGCGUGGUGGCUGCUUGAGAUAUUGCCUAUCACAUACUUCAGUCAAUUUCCCAUGUAG